AUGUCGCGCCCAUUCAAGCAGAGAGAUAUCGCCUGCGCUCGCUGCUUCCGCUUAAAGCGGAAAUGCGAUCACGCGAAACCAACAUGUGGGGAAUGCUACCGCAAAGGCGCUGAGUGUCUUCCUGCUCGAUCUCGUAGAUCCGGAGAUAGCGUUACGAUCCCGGUCGCCUAUCUCAAGGAACUUGAGAGGCGAGUCGCAGAACUAGAAGAUACAUCUCGAAUUGCUGGCUCACAUGUUGAACUGCGCGAUGCAAGCGUCCAAACUGACUUCCAAGAUGGGUCAAUUGGGGAGGAAUACACCACUCACGCCAUUGAAGACAGGGCCCUGGUCCCAUCCCCAACACCACAAUCACUAUUCCGGCAAUCCCCUUUUUCUCCGAUCGAUUUCGCAAAUAUCUUCGGCCAAGUCAAUGAAGAUAAUCUUGACUUUUUACAUCUCGACAAAGGACCGACAUAUCCAAUCCUUGGAGAUGAUACACUUUGGCUCACGGAACUCUACACGAAUGUCUAUUUCUCGGUAGCCCAUCGCGAAUGGCCUUUCCUCAACGAAUCCACAUGGAAAAAUUGGCACAGGGAAGAAGGCCUCCAGGACCACGAAGAGUGGAGGUGUUUCUUUUUUGAGGAUGAACUUUAUUCAUCCGCGAUGAAUUAUUACCCUCAUGUUGUGGGUAAUACGUCGAUGAUUCUGCAGGUCCAGGCCUCUUUGCUCCUAAUUAUCUAUGCCUUUCAUUGCCCAUCUUCCGAUGAAAUUGCCACAGGUGUUUCCUCCAUAAUGCCAUUCUGCAUCACUGCAAUGACAGAAAUGCGAAAAUACAUGCGGGUUAACCAGGGAGACAAGACACUUAGUGCUUCAGGGGAAGCCUCAGUCGAGAACAUGUUUAUCACUUGUUAUAUGUUAAAUGAAAUCGUGGCCUCCGGUUGGGAUCGACCUGUAUCCGCCGCAUAUCAGGCUGUUGAUGAUGAUUUGUCUAGGCUUGGAGACUCGGUUCAGCCCCCCGUCCAAACACAUCCAGCUAUAAGUCACCUGUUCAGGCUACGAAAAAUCCAAACAAAUAUCAGGCGGUCCUUGGAAAGCUCUCGCUGGCAGUUUUCGGAGGAUAAAAGCGCGUUCAGCUCUUCACUUAAAUCAGCUUUGGAUCUUUGGCGGCAGGAUAUUCCGCGUUACGGCACCGACGAAGUCUCCUGUGGCUAUAAUCACCCUAGCUGGAUGACAAAACUUUACGACUAUAGCAUCUUGAUAUUGAUGGAAGAGAAGAGCAGUUUCCUUGAUCAAGACGGAACGGAAGACAUAUUCUCUGCAGUUGUUGAAGUCUGCCUCAAAUUCCGUCACUUCCAGGAGGAAGGACAUGUAAUGUGUUUCACCUGGUCUGCACUUGUUUUCCAAUUCCGGGCGAGUAUUAUGCUCCUUUAUCUGAUUUGGGCAACGAGGCCUAUAGUGGACAGUCCCAGCUUUCAGCAAGGACCUCGAAGUUAUGACUCACCCGAAGCCAUCGAAGCAUGCACGAAGAAUCUGAGGUGCUUUGCAGAUCGCUGGGAUGACGCUGUUCCGUACUCCAAGGUAUUCGAAUUCCUUCAUCAGAAGGUUCUUUGGCACACCGGUGGGGACAGCACGGCAAAUAAAACCCUCGCCCUAGGGGAGGCUGAAUCAUAUCUACAACAGCUGAAGGAUAAAUACCUUCACCGAGCGAUACUUGGGAUGAUCGAAGAUAUAAUGUAUGGAGGUUUUGUGCGAUACGAGGAGAUUUCGGAUGAUUAUAUGACUGAACUAGCUUGUGAGGUGUAA